AAUAACCAUCUUUCUUCCCUUUUAUCAGCAGUAUCAACACCAGCGAGGAGUCUCAGCAUGAAGAUGGUGUCCAGGAGGUUUCAUCCGCCCCUGAAACUUCAGCCUCAGCUGCAACUGAGGACAAAGAUCUCUCAGAAGACAUGGAGUUGUUGUCUUCUUCUAUGUGUUUUUUUUCUUUUAUCAGCAGCAUCAACGCUGACGAGGAGUCCGAGGAAGGAGCUGGUGUUCAGGAGGCUUCACCCACCCCUGGAGAUGAAGAAGCAGCUAGUGCUAACCCCAGCAUCCAGUCUGAAGAUGGUGAAGCUGUGGAGAAGGCUUCAUCCAGCCCUGACAUUCUGGUCUCAACUGAGGAUAAAGACGUACCAGAAGACAUGGAGUUGUUGUCUUCUUCUAUGUGUUUUUUUUCUUUUAUCAGCAGCAUCAACGCUGACGAGGAGUCCGAGGAAGGAGCUGGUGUCCCUGGAGAUGAAGAAGCAGCUAGUGCUAACCCCAGCAUCCAGUCUGAAGAUGGUGAAGCUGUGGAGAAGGCUUCAUCCACCGCUGACAUUCUGGUCUCAACUGAGGAUAAAGACGUACCAGAAGACACAGAGUUGUUGUCUUCUGCCCCAGAAGAUAAGUAUAUGUCCUUGUCUUUUAUCAACAGCAUCAACAAGGAGUCUGAGGAAGGAGCUGGUGUUCAGGAGGCUCCACCCACCCCUGAAGAUGAAGAAGCUACCAGUGUCAACACCACCAUUGAGCCUGAUCACGGUGAAGCUGUCGAGAAGGCUUCCAGUUGGCUUCGCUGGCUGGUGCCUCGCCGUAAGAAACAGAAGGUGGAAACAGAACCUCCAUCUGAGACAGUAGAGAUGGACACAGAUUGCAUUGAGGCCCAGCCAUUUGCCAUUCACAGUAAAAAACCCAACCCAAUAGGUCAGGGUGGGAGUAUAGAUGUCGAAACUCUCAACGCCGAUAUAUAUAGAAAAGUGUUCAGUCGGCAAAAUAAUUUGUUGCAGGAAAAAACCUCAGCCAGCACAGACGUCAUACCCAGAGAGGAGCUGGUCUGCCUCGGGUUCCCCAACCUGGCGCAGACCUGCUACAUGAACUCCACCCUGCAAGGCCUCCUGACGCUGAGACCUUUUGUUCAUGACAUCAACAAGCAGAAGAAGGUGUGGAUGUCUCACCCCGGAUCUAAAGUCCUCAGACGGUUUGUAGAUGUGGGACACAGCCACUUUAACAGCAACAAGAGAGAGGCAAGAAGUGUCCUGGCUGCUUUUAAAGACGCUGUCGCUGAGUUUAACUCAGAGUUUAAGGACCAUCAGCAGAAAGAUGCCCAUGAGUUCCUCAGCUCCUUGUUGAAUCAGAUGAAGUCUCUGAACUUUGACCUGCAGGAAUCAGCAAUGAACAUGGGCUUCAAAUACACCUGCCCUGUUGAUGCUCACAUCAGCUUCCAGAUGUUGAGCACCAGGACCUGCAAAGGAUGCGGUAAACAAUCGAUGAGGGAGGAGGAUUAUAUCAACCUGUCCCUAGACCUGGUGCAUGGCGGCUCAGUAAACCAGUGUCUAAAGGACUACCUUAAAUUGAACCAGUUGGAGUAUCGGUGUGAGUGUGGUUCAGAGAGGUCAACCCAGCGGCCGUCCUUCUUGACCCUGCCAAAGUGA